AACACUGCGUGUGUCAUGUGUCAGAGUUUAUAGGUUAGAAGUUUGUGCAAUUUGCAAAAGUAAAUUUCUUACAAAAAAUAAAUAACAAUGUUAAUUUAUACAAACGCAAACAAUCCGGCGACUUUAAAACUUUUAAUCGCUGCUAAAUUCGCUCAGAAAAGUGUAGAUAUUAAGGUUGUAGAUGUUAAUGAUGGAACACUUGAAGAACCCAAACAUUUACCCUACGUAAAGACAAGCGACAAUGAGACGAUUUUUGUACCAAAUGCGGGCGUUUGGUGGCUGUGGCCCCCUUCACAACAGGCUGCAACAGCAGCAAGUGAAUAUCUGGAAUGGGAAGCGUCCGUUUUGGCGCCCACUUUAGCCCCCGUCGUGGGGGGCGGCUCCAAACAAGAGAAUUUAAAAUCUUGUUUGAACUCAGCAUUAAAUAAAUUAAACAAGGAUCUUGAAAAUCAGCCCUACUUAUCUGAUAAAAAUUUGAAUGCAAGUGAUGUUGUAGUGUGGUGUACGCUUUACCCACUUGCGCUUGAUGAAACUUUAGCAAAGGAAUAUUUAUCUAAUAAUUUAAAUAUUUUGAAAUGGAUGAAAAGUGUGGAGAGUAAUAAAGAAGUAGCAGAGGCUUUGGCUUCUUUUAAAAUAUCAUCAGGAAAUGCUGCUUAUCAGGCGUUACUUUCAGGGGCUAAAUUUAUAAUUAGUAACAUUUCUACAGAUAAUAAUGUUCAAUCUCCACAAAGUGUGCCUGAAAUUGUCACAAGUGACGAAUUAGAGGCCGCAAAGAAGGCCUGGUUGAAAAAUAUUGAAGAUAUUCCCAUGAUGAAAAGUCGGCCAAAAGUGGUAUUACCUAAAAUUAACGAAAGAAAUAUUUUAAUUACUUCCGCUCUCCCCUACGUCAAUAAUGUCCCUCAUUUGGGAAACAUAAUCGGUUCUGUCCUUUCUUCUGAUGUUUUUGCCCGUUUUUGUCGGAUUUGUAAUUACAACACCCUUUUUAUUGGCGGUACUGACGAGUAUGGAACUGCUACUGAAACCAAAGCAUUAGAAGAAGGUUUAUCAUGUCAAGCAAUUUGUGACAAAUACUACGCCAUUCAUAAAGAUAUCUACAAUUGGUUUAACAUCAGCUUUGAUCAUUUCGGUCGCUCAUCAUCGCCACAACAAACAGAGUUGUGUCAAGAGAUGUUUUUACAACUAAACAACAACGGGUUCAUGUUCACCGAAGCCGUAGAACAGCUCCAUUGCGAAAAAUGUAACCGAUAUUUGGCCGAUAGAUUUGUAGAAGGGGGCUGUCCGCAUCCAGGAUGCAAUUACGAGGAUGCCCGAGGUGAUCAAUGCGACGGUUGCGGAAAAUUAGUGAACGCAGUUGAACUGAAAAACCCCCGGUGUAAAAUUUGUAGAAAUACGCCAAAAUUGAAAACAUCCACCCAGUUUUUCAUUGAUUUACCCAAGUUGGAGCCUCUUUUGCUGCACUGGAUGAAACAAUCGGCUCCUGGAUGGUCAAGCAAUGCUCAAGUCAUCGGAAAAGCCUGGAUAAGAGAAGGUUUGAAACCAAGAUGUAUCACUCGGGACUUGAAGUGGGGCGUCCCGGUGCCCCUCAAGGACUUCAAAGACAAGGUUUUCUAUGUCUGGUUUGACGCCCCCAUUGGAUAUAUGUCGAUAAGUAAGGCCUACACUGAGAAGUGGGAGGAGUGGUGGAGACCCAAACCAGAACAUAAGAUAACAUUGUAUCAGUUUAUGGCGAAAGAUAAUGUACCGUUUCAUGCUGUUAUGUUCCCGGCUUGUCUUUUGGGGGCCAACAAAGGCUACAUUAAAGUUUCGCAUAUUAUGUCGACUGAGUAUUUGAAUUACGAGGACGGUAAAUUUUCAAAAUCGAGAGGAGUUGGGGUUUUUGGAAAUGAUGCUAGAAAUACAGGCAUUCCGAGUGACGUUUGGAGGUUUUAUUUGUUGUAUGUGAGGCCCGAAUCGCAAGAUUCGAGCUUUAGUUGGUCAGAUUUGGCGACGAAAAAUAAUUCCGAAUUAUUGAAUAAUCUCGGAAAUUUCAUUAAUCGAGCGCUUGUGUUUGCGAAAAACAAUUUUAAUAGCACUGUCCCUGAAAUGCAACUCACGAAAGAUGAUUUUACUCUUUUGGUUUUGUGCACAAGGGAAUUAAAAAGUUACGUAAACUGUCUUGAAAAAUGCAAAUUGAGAGAUGGCAUUAGACAUAUUUUGUCCAUCUCGCGUCUUGGAAAUCAAUACAUGCAAUUUAACCAACCUUGGGUACUCCUCAAGGGAACCCCCGAAGAGAAGGUUCGUGCAGCAACUGUUGUGGGGCUUUGUUGCAAUAUUGCGGCUUUGUUGGCAACACUGUUACAUCCAUACAUGCCUGACACCAGUGAUACAUUAAAGAAACAGUUGAAUUGCGCAAACACUGCUCUUACACCAGAAAGCCUUGAAAUAAGGCAACUUUUACCACCGGGUCACAAACUGGGCAACCCAGCGCCACUUUUUGCCAAACUAGAACCGGCGAAAGUUGACGAAUUGAAGAAAAAAUUCGCAGGGGAGCAAACGAAAUCUCGACAAAUGAACGGCGAAUUAAGCGUGUCUGAUUUGACUAAAAGUAUAAGCGAGAUUGAAAACCGAUUAAAAGCUUUAAAAUCAAGUAAAACGGAUAAAAAGUGGAUAAAGGAAGAAGAAGCAAUCCUUACUGAUCUGCGAUCAAAACUCAACUCGCGUCUGCAAAACAACAAAGAUGACAUUAAAAGCAUAGAAGACCAAAUUGCGGUUCAGGGUUCAAUCGUACGAAAAAUGAAAGAAGGCGGGGCUAGUAAACCCGAAUGGCAACCAGAAGUUGCGAAAUUGCUUGAAUUAAAAGCAAAGUUGGCUAGCCUUCAGCCACGUUAAUUUAUUUUUAGUGGGUAGAAAAGUAAAAAUGAGGUUGCGGUGUUCGAAUUAUUUAUUUGACUAUUUAUGUAUGACUGGAUAUACAUAUGCUAAUGAAA